AUGAUAACUACACAAACGUGAAUGGAUUUAGAGGUUAAAGGCAUUGCUGCUGCUUCUAGGAGCCAAAUUCAGCUAUUCUCUGGAAGAAAGAAGUCAUUACGACAAGAAUGGACUUCUGAAUCACGUAAAGUUCAGAAUUUCUGCCCACCAGUAGUUCCACGACUUGAUUUGGGAAGCCUCGUUGACUCUGAUGAUGAGGAUGAUUUUUCAUAUAUUCCACUUAGUACAGCGCAAAUUCAUUUUAACCCACCAAAUUCAUCUUCUACUCUUUGUCAAGUACCAUAUACUCAACAUCAUCUAAAUGAACCGGAGCAGGAUGUGAUACCUGAAAAUUUACCAGCACCAACAGAAAAAUAUAAACUAAAAUAUAAGCAAUAUGAAACUGAAAUGAAAGACGGAUAUAAGCAGUUUAGUCAGAGAAAUGGAGAAAAGACAAAAUCAAGUAUCACUCAUCAACAAUCUCCAAGAAAAAAGAUAGAUGAAAAGUGUGUACAGGGUGACGAAGCCAACACAGAUGACCUUACAACUCUGGAUAGGAAAGCCCUCUUACAGCAAGGUUAUACAGACAACCCUUACAGUACGCAACAGAGUGCAAGAAAAUUGGAUGCAGAAAUUGCGGCUGCAGAGAAGAAAAAGCAGACUGUUGCAGAACAAGUGAUGAUAGACCACUUAUCUAGGGCUGUAAUCAGUGACCCAGAACAAAAUUUAACCAUUGAGAAAAAAGAAAGUGCUCAUAUCCUUCCAGAUUCAAAGACAGCCCCUGUUCGACUUAGAAAAAGAACACUGCAUGAAACAAAGAUAAGAACCCAUUCUACAUUAAUGGAAAAUGUGCUUUCUCAUAAAAUACAAUUUGACAGUAGGAUCAUAUCAAGAAAUGGACGUGAUGCUUGUAGAGAGCUGAUCGGGUUCUUUUUUAUGCAUGACCAGUCCCUUACAAUUUAUGAAUAUCGACAAUUUGGGAAAAAUAGAACAAACGUGCUCCCUUUUAUUCAAAAAAGCAUUUAUCGUCAUCAGUGUGGACGAAGAAAAGGAAAACAGUACCAACUUGGUGAUUUUUAUGUUGGUGCAACCUUGACAUUUUUGAAUUCUGAUCUUCCCAGCCUUCCAGAAAGCAUAAAAAAAAAUACAUUACUUAUACUCCGAAUCACAAAUAUUGAUCAAAUAGCUUUGGAUUCUCUCAAAACUGCUUCUGUAGAACAUGAAGAUGAUAUAAUCACUCAAGAAGCCAAUGAUAGACUGGUCAUCAAGGCCAUUCAAGAUGUGCUAAAAGAAAAACUACAUAAAAGAAGUGUUCGUAUUUUGACUGGAUUGGGAAGAUACUUUCAACAAUUGGACAAGGAAGGAAAUGGACUUUUAGAUAAGGCAGAUUUUAAGCAAGCUCUAAAAGUAUUUCACUUAGAAGUGUCUGAAAAGGACUUUGAGUCUUUAUGGCUAAUUCUGAAUGUCAAUGGUAAUGACAAUGGCAAAGUUGAUUAUGGAGAAUUCAAACGUGCCAUUUUUGGUGAAAUGAAUGAAUACAGGAAAUCAUUUGUUCGAAAGGCAUUUAUGAAACUAGAUUGCAACAGAACUGGAAGUGUGUCUAUUAUAGACAUAAGAAAAUGUUAUUGUGCAAAGAAACAUUCUCAAGUAAUUUCAGGCCAUUCCACAGAGGAAGAUAUCAAAUCAUCAUUUCUAGAAACAUUAAAAGAUACCUGCAGCAAGUCUGAUGAAGUGUCCUAUGGUGAAUUUGAAGAUUACUAUGAAGGUUUAAGUAUUGGGAUAGUAGAGGAUGAAGAUUUUGUUAACAUCUUACGUACUCCAUGGGGAAUUUAGUUUUAAAUGAUGAAUAUGUUAUCAGCACUAAGCAUUUUAUUGGAGAGGUGAAUUGAAUGUAAAGUAUGAUGAAACACUGGAGAAUAUAUUUUCUAGUACUUCUUUUAUUCUGUUUUUUCUCAAAAAAUUUGAGUCCAGAUGAGAAAUAUUCAGAAAGAUAGAUGUAGAAGUGUGUGUGUGUUUGUGCAUGUGUAUGCAUGCUCACAUGUCUAUAAAUUUGUAAAGUUAUGUCUCCUUGGUUUAUUAUUUAUCUUGUAUACA